CCAGUAUAAUACAAAGCUAUACUAUGCUGUAGUAGCACUAUUAUACUUGCAGUAUGAUAUAUUGGAGUAACUUUAUCGCCAUACAAUGCCACUGUAGCCAACACUGGCCACUCUACCUUGCCAUUUCAAUUAUCUUCAAUCCCCUCACUGAUGGUAUCUCCGCCUAGACAUCUCUCCGAUUGACUUCACACUGCUGUGAAAUUGACUGUCUUCGAUGAAAUAGCUGAGAAUACAAGUGACGAACGAGUGGAAGGAGCGCGUUCUCGACGCAACUGAUGAAACUGCUGCAUUUGUCGCCUGUUCGCGGCCAGGACGGGAAGCUAAAGUUGUUGACUGGUUUGAAGGCUCCUUCAACUUCUGCCUCAAAAUCACGUUCAACGAUAGCGGCCCGGAUGCCAUUGUUCGGUUCCCAGGGCAAGGACAUACAACUUUUUUCGGGACGAAAAGGUCGCGAAUGAGGUCCAAAUCAUCAAAUUGCUCCGCGAGCAGACCACGAUUCCUGUCCCACGCUUGAUAAGCUGGGGCUUCACUGAGAAAAACCCGCAGCAAUUUGGACCGUUCAUUAUCUCAGAUUUCGUUGAGGGAGUUCACCUGUCGUUUACACAAAAGAUGGCUUCGCCUAUAAGCUUAACCAAGGACGAAUUCCGCCUUCUUACCUGGUCACGCCCUGAAUUGACGCGAAUGACGAUUCAGCCUCAAUCUCUCCAAAGACUUUGUCCACUCGACAAUGGCCUAUUCCAGCCACGCGCUGAUUACAAAGCGAAUAACGCUACCUCUUUUUCCAACAUAGGGGAUUUAGAUGCCCUUCCACUCGAGAUCAUCCAUUCGAUUUUCAGCAUACUUGACUUGCGAAGUCUGACGGACUUCAGAGCUCUCAGCUGGCGCGCCCGUGCACUUGUUGAUAGCUUCCCACCUUACAACGAAAUAGUCCAUCAUUCUCCCGAUGCAUUACGCGCUUUACUCUCCACGCACAUGGCUGUCCACUUUACCGCCCAAGAUAUUUUCGACGCACUCUGCACGCAAGCCUGUUUCGGUUGUGGACAAUUUGGACCAUUCCUCGACAUGUUUACUGGUCAUCGACGCUGCAUUACAUGCGUGGCCUAUUCUGAUAGACUGUUAUCCAUGACAGCAUCUUCGGCAAAGAGGGAAUUCAAUCUGAACUCGAAGACGCUGCGCACGUUACCGACCUUAUUAAGUCUGCCAGGGCAAUAUACUGAGAGUGAAAGAAUAUAUCGAAGACGAAUAUCACUAGUGCGCAUGCUCUCAGCUACUGCUGCUAGAUCUAUGCAGCACGACGACUCGAAAGCCUCACAUCGAAGAUCAAGGCCAUUGCGUAGGCGUCUUCCGCAACCGCCACAUUUUCACCCACCUCCCAUUUCGAAUCAAAUGCUGCAACAAUUCGAUAGUCAUGGGCAGAAUCCAUAUCGUUUUAUGGCAAUGGUUAGAUUCCCUACUCUAGAUAGAAGGACAGGAAACCUUGACUGGGGAGUGUCUUGCCAAGCAUGUCGCCUCGGACCUCGAGAUGAGAGACGUGGAUAUUCAAAUUGGAAUACUGUCUACUCUGCUGCUGGAUAUAUGGAGCACUUUCAAAAGUGCCAGGUGUCUCAGAUAGGGAGAAGGGUGGUGCCAGACUAUAUUCUUCCUGCUGGGAGGGAUCAGUGUAGCUCCGAUGCCAGAUUUUUGGGAUUUCUCAGCAACUUCAAAUUUUGAGCCGAUUAUACCUUGAUGACUGUAUCCAAGAUCCAUUUUUAGACCAAAUGCGUGAUUGCUUGUAUAUUCUGCUCUAUUUAUCAACCGGACCAGCCAGCAUUCCUUUCCUGGACAUCCAGCAACUUAGUACAACUGUCUUGCUCGGCUUUAGAAUAUAAUUCAUCAACCGCAAUGCAUCUUAACGGUGCAUCUCAUCUUUGCCAGGGUUCGUCAUGUGCGUCUUACACAUAUGAGCUGAGUCCUUCUCCUUCUGCCUUCGUACCGGCUUGCAUUUGACGUUGGUGCCAAGGCGUUCCUCGCAUUGC